AUGUCAGACAUACAGUUGAAACUUUUGAAGCUUGUGGAUUCAAACAGUGGGGUUGUUAAAAACACGCUAGACGUCCAAGAAUUGGCCGAUAUUGAUGCCAACACUUUACAUUCCAACUUGGCCUCUCUCUGGUCAAAAGAAAUGGUAAAUUUCUCCAAGAUUGAGCAAGAUCAUUGGGUAUUGACCAAGGAAGCAGAACAAUAUCUUGAAGCUGGUGCAACACCUGAAGUUCAAGUGGUGGAUGAAGUCUUGAAAGCAUUAAACAGUUUAUCCAUUUCUGAAUUGAAAGAGAAAUUGGGACCGGUAGGGGCCGUUGGGCAAGGUAAAGCUUUCAAAAAUAAAUGGUUGAGCAAAGAUGGAGAUAAAUUGAUCGCAAAUGUAAAAGAAUUACCAACUGAUACAGUAUUGGAAGAAUUGAAGGCUAUAAAAGAAAAUGGAUCAUUGGAUGACAAGAAGGAAUUAACCGAGUUAAAAAAAAGAAAGUUGAUUAAUUUGACAAAAAUUGUUGGUUACAAGAUUGAAAAGGGUCCCAAAUUUGCCCUUGAAAUUGUCAAUCUCGAAACUGACAUUACUUCUGAUAUGAUUUUAAACAACUCGUGGAAAACUGCUCAAUUCAAACCUUACAACUUCAACUCAGAAGGAGUUUACCCACAAUCAGGUGCAUUACAUCCAUUAAACAAGGUUAGGGAAGAAUUCAGACAAAUUUUCUUUUCAUUAGGUUUCACAGAAAUGCCAUCGAAUCAAUAUGUCGAGUCUGGUUUCUGGAAUUUCGAUACAUUAUUCGUACCCCAACAGCAUCCUGCUAGAGAUUUACAAGACACUUUUUAUUUGAAAGAUCCGGUCAAGGCUAAAGAGCCAGAAGAUAAGAUAUACUGGGAAAAUGUGAAACAGGUACAUCAAGAUGGGAAAUAUGGCUCUAUUGGGUAUAGGUACCCAUGGAAAGCAGAAGAGUCAUUGAGGAUGGUUUUGAGAACACACACUACAGCCAUAUCUGCCGCCAUGUUGCACAAAUUGGCCAAAGAUCCUAAACCAACAAGAUUAUUCUCUAUUGAUCGUGUUUUUAGAAAUGAAGCCGUCGAUGCUACUCAUUUAGCUGAAUUUCAUCAAGUCGAAGGUGUCAUUGCUGGAUAUGACAUUACUUUGGGUGACUUGAUUGGAUUUAUGGAUGAUUUCUUUGGUAAAAUGGGUGUUGAUGACUUGAGAUUCAAAGCUGCGUACAACCCAUACACUGAGCCAUCAUUGGAAAUCUUUGCAUAUCAUAAAGGAUUGAAGAAAUGGGUUGAAAUUGGUAACUCUGGUAUGUUUAGACCAGAAAUGUUGGAGACUAUGGGAUUGCCCAAGAAUUUGAGGGUUUUGGGUUGGGGAUUAUCAUUGGAAAGACCAACAAUGAUUAAAUAUGGUGUGUCUAAUAUUAGAGAAUUGUUGGGACAUAAGGUGUCACUAGAUUUUAUUGAAACUAAUCCUGCCGCCAGAUUGGAUGAGUUAUUAUAG